CUACAGUAUCAGGAUCCUGCCAAGGUAGGAUCUCAUAUCUACGACUUUGCAUCCAACUCAAGUGGCAGCGUUUUCUUUCGAACAUACCCUAGGAGCAGACGAGCCUUAGUCUGUCAGCGCUAUAUUGAUUCCAAAGUCUUUUUCUAUUCCAGCUCCGCGUCGAAUAUUAACCGUACACGAACCACUUACACCCGCCCAACAUCGACGGUUGCCGCUUGCGUACCCCGUCGGCCCAACUCAUGUGGGAUUCCGCCUCCCUGAUCAGCCACAUUUUCGAUCCUAUUUGUACCUAGACUGUCUGGCCUGGGGGGGUCUCUUAACUUGCAAAAAUAUUUCAAGUCCAUCUACACAAUGGCCACGAUGGAAGCCCCUGCAAGACCGCAUGAUCGCAAUGAGCGUCGCCGUCCAUUUUCGAACUGGAUGAAGCGCCUCGCAAACUUGAAGAAUUCAUCCUCGUCCGAAUCGAACACCAUCCGAUGGUCUCACAAGCGAAGUGCCGUACACAAGGAUAAGAAGAGCCCCGGCAAGAAGCAUAGUCCUUACCAUUUCCAUGAAUCGAGUGACCGGUACGGGCGGACGUCUCGUUCGCAAAGCGACCCGUCGAUUACAUGUUCGGCCUACGAGAGUCGGAUGCCUGCGAUGAGUGCAAAGUCUAGGGCACCGACAAUAUCAACAAACGGCGGCGACACCACGAUCUCGGAGGCGGCAUAUUCCAAAGCUGGAACCUUUGCGACAGGUGGCGGUGGCAUCAGCUCCACUGGUGGUGGUGAAGGGAGCACGUUCUCUUCCCCCGCCCCCUCUGUUCGAUCCUUGACCACCACCUUAACGACGGUGCAGUCGGCAGCCCCCUCCACUCAGCUCUACGCCAACCAUAACACACAGCAGGGCCCGUCCCAUGCCAGUUCGAUACAGAACGGCUUGAAUAAUAAUAGUAGUAAUAAUCAACAAGUGCAAUUUUCGCACCAAUUCCCCUCCUCUCCCGUGUCGGCCGUCCCGCCCCACCUUACUCCUCACGGUCACUCAGCCACCUAUACGACAGCAACAGCGAACAACCUCCUGACGGACAAUGCGUCGAUCCUUACCCUUGCGUCAUCAUCGAAGCGCCGCCGCCGCAACUCACUGGAUACCAACGCGUCAAUCCGCGCGCUAGCGCCGUCCUCUGUCUUCGGCGGCAGCCGUGAGAGCCUUCCACUGAGCGUGCUCAGCAGCAAUGUCGGCGAGCCGUUAAACACACCAGGGAUGCUCAACCGGCCGAGUCUGGUCGGGCUGGCCAGCAACGAGCGUACCAGCAUUUACUCUGCUUCCGGGGUAGCCCCCUUGGUGAGCGGCGGCGGCGAGCGCACUAGCUUCCAUGCUACACGACAGGGCGCCACGGAUGGCGCCAGCAUCAAGAGCGGCAUCUAUUCACACACGCGGAAUGACAGUGUGGCGGCCAGCGUGACGGGGUGGAUCUCCAGCUCGCUCCCCGGGCCCACAAACAACAUCUCUGGACGGGUCAGCCGCCGAAGCUCUGGAUGGGGUGAGAUCCCUGGGGUCGAAGGUGAUAGGCGCGGAGAGCAAGAUGAGGAAGAAAGCGACGUACACGACGAGAAGAGCGAAGGCCAGGCCGAGUCGCGAACGCCGGAGUCCUCCGAAGCAAAUGAGCAGGACGGUCCGAGUGCAGAGAUGCCCGAGCGCGGGAAGGAGAAUGACAACAGGGAGGACGAAUGACUCUUCUCUUCAUGAUGCAAAGUUUGCAAACUUAAUGAUUGGACGGAACGAUGGAAUGGCGCAUUGAAUCAAGGAUUGGCAUUGGAGAUUAUGUUUUUACAUUGAUAUCCCCGCAGUAAUGGAUUAGUUAUAAGUCUCAACUCGCAACUAGCAACACGUUUAACCCGUUGACCAAGUACCAAUACGUUAGUCAUGCCAUGACUCGCUCCAGUUCUAUCAAUGAGAUAGGUAAAAUGUAGCAAGUUUACUACUUGAUCUAGGUAGACAAUUGAUCCACUCCUAGACUUACCCUAGACUUACAAAUAGUGCCAUCUCAUGCGAAAAUGUAGAGUAAACAAAGUUGAGUCUCAUCUAUUCACAGUAAACAUAACCAUAUGGCGUGAACUCAUAUCUAAACAUAUCCUAUAAAAGGAAAAUCAAGUAACCUCCCGUCCUCAUCAAACAUGAAGGACUCCCUGAAACACCCACCCAUGAUAGGGCCGUUUGAAGGGGGAAAAAA